AUGUCAGUUGGUUUCAUUAUCUAUCUAUCUAUCUAUCUAUCUAUCUAUCUAUCUCUGCCAUUCACUUUUUUGUACCUAAAUGUGUUCAUGCCUGAGUGUCAUUGUUUCCAUCACUUUAUCUAUCUAUCUAUCUAUCUAUCUAUCUAUCUAUCUAUCUAUCUAUCUAUGUCAUUGUUUCCAUCAUUUGAUCUAUCUAUCUAUCUAUCUAUCUAUCUAUCUAUCUAUCUAUCUAUCUAUCUAUCUAUCCAGUUUAUUCUAUCUCAUUCUGUCAUUCAUCUAUCUAUCUAUCUAUAUAUUCAUCUAUAUUUGCCAUUCACUUUUUGUACCUUAAUGUGUUCAUAUCUAUCUGAGUGUCAUUGUUUCCAUCAUUUGAUCUAUCUAUCUAUCUAUCUAUCUAUCUAUCUAUCUAUCUAUCUAUCCAUGUCAUUGUUUCCAUCAUUUGAUCUAUCUAUUUAUUCAUCAUUCAUCUAUCUAUCUAUCUAUCUAUCUAUCCAGUUUAUUCUAGUCCUUCCUAUGUCAGUCGGUUUCAUUAUGUCUAUCUAUCUAUCUAUCUAUCUAUCUAUCUAUCUAUCUAUCUAUCUAUCUAUCUUUGCCAUUCACUUUUUUUGUACCUUAAUGUGUUCAUGCCUAUCUGAGUGUCAUUGUUUCCAUCAUUUGAUCUAUCUAUCUAUCUAUCUAUCUAUCUAUCUAUCUAUCUAUCUAUCUUUCCAGUUUAUUCUAGUCCUUCCUAUGUCAGUCGUGUCAUUGUUUCCAUCACAUGAUCUAUCUAUCUAUCUAUCUAUCUAUCUAUCUAUCUAUCUAUCUAUCCAUCUAGUUUAUUCUAGUCCUUUCUAUGUCAGUCGGUUUCAUUAUGUCUCUUUAUCUAUCUAUCUAUCUAUCUAUCUAUCUAUCUAUCUAUCUAUCUAUCUAAGCUUGUUCAUAUUUUAA